CCGGGGCCGGCACGUGCCGUUAGUGGGGGCCAAGGGUAUAUAAGCCGGGCACACCCCCGAAACCGGGAUCAGUCUCGUUCCUAAACCCGAGAUGAGCACCGCAAUGUACACGUGUUUCGAACGCGAGUUCCAAGUCGACUCUGGGAACGAGUCGUCAUCUCCGGCCUACCUGCCUCCGUUUUCAGACACCUACCAGAGAUACAUGCUCACCCCGAGCCCGGAGAGCGAGAGCACCUACAAAGGCGACUCCGAAGAGGAAGAAAAGAAGAAGAAGGAAGUGAGCCCAGUGGUGAUGAAGAAGCGGCGGCUCGCUGCAAACGCGAGGGAGCGGCGACGGAUGCAGAACCUCAACAAGGCCUUCGACAGACUUCGGACCGUCCUACCUUCGCUCGGCAACGACAGGCAGCUAUCCAAAUACGAAACCCUCCAAAUGGCGCAGACCUACAUCAACGCACUUUACGAUCUUCUGCAAUAACGUCUCAAGUCAGUACCCACCCCAAGUGCCUUUGUGAAAUCUGCUCCCUUAGUCAAUACCUAAAUGUAUUAUUUUUCCUAACUAUUA